UUGGACCCCUGGAUCAUUAGAAGCAAGGGGACUGUGCUGUUAUUAUGUCUGGUUAUCAAAGGAGAAAAUUUAUUCAUCCUCCAUUUGUCAGUAGCGCCAUUACCUUAUUGCCGGUGCUUAUUUCUAGCCUCGAACGCCAACCUUACGAUAAUGAUUCGCACUUGCGCCAUGGACAGUGGUUCGUUGACCGCUGACACGGAAAUAGUUCGAAUGAGCCAUUGCGGUCAUUUCGUUCUGGACGAUAUAUACUACAGUGGGUGCGUUCAGACGUGCAGGUCUGACGGAUGCAACGUAGCUUCUAGGCAACGGUUUCAGUUCAUCGAUGGACUGUUGAUUGCAGUGGUUCUGCUGUUUGUUUCUCGCGCAAUGAACUCAUGA